AUGAAUCAGAAAGUGAAGCGCCCUGUGGUUUUGAUUUGUAUUGAUGGUUGGGGAAUCAACCAGAGUGAUUAUGGAAACGCGAUCCUCGCUGCUGAUACGCCAGUCAUGGACGAGUUCUACAGCAAACGACGGAACUUUGCCGAGUUGGAUGCGUCUGGACUGGCGGUGGGCCUCCCCGAGGGCGUCAUGGGGAACAGUGAAGUGGGCCACCUCACGAUCGGCUCAGGUCGUCCCCAGUACCAGGAUCUGGUUCGCAUCGAUUUGGCUGUGAAAGAAGGGAGUCUGGCGAAAAACGAGACCCUGCUCGAGGCGAUCGACCGAGCGAAAACAGUGUCGAAUGGGCGGAUGCAUCUCCUGGGACUCGUAUCGGAUGGCGGCGUGCACUCGCAUGAACGACAUUUGCACAAGCUGCUUGAGAUUCUCAAGGAUGCAAAUGUGCCGGAAGUCUACGUUCACGCGUUCACGGACGGGCGCGAUACGGAUCCGCAUAGCGGCAAGGGCUUUAUCGAGAAGCUUCUGAAGCAUAUGCGGCAACUCGGAGAACAUAUGCAACUCGCUACCUGUACUGGUCGGUACUAUGCCAUGGAUCGUGAUAAGCGCUGGGACCGGAUCGACCUGGCCUUGCGCGGGCUCGUGAAUGGCGAUGGCGAGGAAACCGCUGACGUCUUGGACACGAUCCAGAAACGCUACGACGGUGGCGAGACCGAUGAAUUCCUGAAACCCAUCAUUGUAUGCAAAAAAGGGUGUAUUACAUCCAAGGAUACGCUUCUUUUCUUCGACUUUCGGUCGGAUCGUAUGCGCGAGAUCGUUCAGACCCUGGGACAGCCUGCGCCCUACGAAACCAAGGUUCAGGUCCCCAAAGACCUGGGCAUCUUCUGCAUGUCUCAGUACGAUAUUCGGUUUCCGUUUCCAGUGCUGUUUCCGCCAGUUGAGAUGAAGAAUGUUCUGGCCGAGUGGAUUGGAAAUCAUGAUCUUUUUCAGUUUCAUACGGCGGAAACCGAAAAAUACGCCCACGUGACAUUCUUUUUCAACGGAGGCGUCGAGAAAGCAUACAAAGGCGAGGACCGGAAGCUGAUUCCCUCUCCAAAGGUACCGACCUACGAUCUGGAACCGAAAAUGUCAAUGUACCAAGUCGGUGAGGCGCUGAUAGAGGCAAUGAAGUCUGGCAAGUAUGCUUUCAUCAUGUGCAAUCUCGCUGCGCCUGACAUGGUCGGUCAUACCGGUGUCUACGAGGCCACUGUUGAAGCAUGUACCCAUUGUGACAAGGUUAUUGGUCAGAUAUGGAAAAGCUGUCAAGAGCUCGGCUACGUACUCUGCGUGACAGCGGACCACGGUAACGCGGAAUGCAUGCUCACCGAGGACGGUCGGCCUAUUACCUCGCAUACGACGAAUUUUGUUCCGUUCAUCCUCGCGGAUCCAGAUGGCAAGCUGCAUUUCAAAGAAGAGAGCUCGAAAGGUACCCUUGCCGACGUGGCACCGACGAUCCUCUCAGUCAUGGGGCUCCCGAUUCCCAAGGAGAUGAAAGGGCGCGUUCUCUGA